AUGCUGCUGGCGUGGACGCUGUCGGCCGCCGCCCUCGGCGACGCGCGCCGCCAGCACACCAGCGGCCGCGGCGCCGCGCUGCCGCGCCCGAAGCAGGACGACGCGGGCGCCUGGCGCGGCGACGCCGCGGCGGUGGCGGCGCGCCUCCGCGGCGGCGGCACCCUCGCCGAGGCCUUCGCGACGACCAUCGCGCCGACGGUCGGCACGGUUGUGGCCAACGCCAUGUUCCUCGCGAGCCUGCCCGCGGUGCUCGCCGCGCGACGGGCGGGCGACCUCGGGAGCCUGAACCCGACGCCCUGGGCCUUCAUCCUCGUGAACUGCCUCGCCUGGCUCCAUUAUGGCUACCUGAACGGCAAUCCGUAUAUCUAUUGGUCCAACGCGCCGGGCUGCCUCCUGGGCCUCUUCUUCACGCUCACGGGCGCGUCGCUCGGAUCGCCCGCGCAGGUCGCGGCGAUGGAGAAGGUCGCCGUGGGCUUCGCCGCGGUCCACGUCGCGGCGUCCUUCGUCACGAGCCUCUACCUGACGUCGCCGAAGCAGAAGCAGCUCGUCGCGGGCUACGUGGCGAACGUCAUCUUGGUCAUCUACUACGGCGCGCCUCUAUCGACGCUCGCGGAGGUGCUGGCGACGAAGGACGCGGCGUCCAUCUUCGCGCCGCUCUGCGCGCUCAACGGCGCCAACGGCCUGCUCUGGGUCACCUACGGGCUCACCAUCGCGGACCCCUUCGUCUGGGUCCCCAACAGCAUGGGCGUGGUUCUGGCGGCGACGCAGCUCGCGGUCAAGGGCGCCUUCGGGGGCGCGACGGCCUAG